UUGCUUCGUGCGAUCUGUGGGUGGAUUCGAAGUUGCGGAAGGAGAUCGACCCAGCAACCACAAGGCACCGCACGACAGACUCGACUCGGAGAGCUUUUUGGACACACUUCGGAGUUGACGACUGAGUGAUUGUGCUGGUUGCUUCUUGUUGCUUGUUGUAGCACAACAAAAGAGUGAGAGCCGAGUAGAGCACAGGAGGAGAUCCCACAAUACAAUCGAACGACACAUAUACUAUUUCACCAUUCAGCCCCCCAACAGUAAUAGCAUCAUGACGGGCGGCAACAAGCUGCAACGACGCAUAUCGAAAUUGUUGUUGAAUCCGCUCAAGAGCGGUCGCCGCGGCAUUGUGCGGAGUCGUUCCCAAAGAUCGCAUGUAGAAGAACAAGUAACGAUUGUCUGUACGCCCAACUAUUCCAUGGAAGAUAUUUUGUCCCAACUCACACAAGUGAACAAAAAAGUCCACAGCAUUGUAUUGCAGGAAAUGAUCCAGCGCCCGGACAAUGUCCCUCUGUUUUGCAAGAUUCAAGAUUUGCUGCGGUCGUCUUCCUAUAAAGGCGUCCAGUCGAUUCACUUGUUGGAACCGCACAUUCAUUUCACGGACUAUCGACGAUGGUGUUACAAACGCACCAACUUUUUGCAUCGCAUUCGCAAGGAUGCCAAGGAACGAGACAUUGACGUUGUCAUCCACGGAACGCUUCUGCUGGACUAUCAUCACAACAACAACAACAACAACAACACUCAUACUACAGACAAUCCACAACAAUUGUCGCAGAAUAUUUCCAGUUGGCUGACGUUGUUGCAACAAUUGCCACAAGAUCCGGACAUUACCUCGUUGUGGAUUUCGUUGCGCGAAGAAGCCGUCGUUCACACUUCGCCCUCUGCUGUAUGCGGAAGAGGACCCCGCCGACCGUCGCAACUGGAGUUGAUGCAAUCGCCCGUUCAAAAAGUCUUUCAAGCACUCAUUGAACUCUUUAAUAGCGACACACGAUCGUGGCGAUUUGUCCAUUGUCAUGUGCAGUAUCAUCAUGACGCCGACAAACGAAAUGUCAAUGAAGAACAGACACAAGCAUUGUUGGAUGUCGCCGAGUUGUUUCACAUUCCGCUGCAAGUUCAGUGGCAGCCACUCUCGAACGAGCAACCAGCAUGGACAAGGACCACGACGAUGGCCGAACAACGAUUUCCCGCCUGUGCGGCCAAGACGGCGGAACAACAACAUCAAGACGAUCACACGUCCACCACCUACGGAUCUUCCGGGGCAUUUGGUGCCGUGGGCAACUAACUAAGAACAAAAAGAGAAAGCAAGUCACGCGAUGAAAACGACAAAGAAAGCCUCGCGGUGAAAACUAUAACGCGAAUUGUAGACUAGCUAGACAAGAAUUUUAUAGAUGCGGUGCAUCAUUGCAUUCGACUAUCCGAAAACGA